AUGACCACCUUAGUGAGAUUCAUCCUUUCACUGGAUGUCUUGCAGUUAUCGGGCAGAUAUUUGCCUUUGCCAGUGUAUUGGAGGAUUCAGAGGUCGUUACUGAUUAUAUCUUACACGUUUGAGGAGCACCCGAUUUACGAGAUCGGUCGUCAAGUGAUUUGGACCGCCCCUGACAAGUUGCUGGUCGAAGCCUCUUUUAUGGUCUUCAUCGCCCAGUACACUGGAAAUACAGUGUAUUUGAAGUUCCUACUGUCCAGGGUUUUCCUCGCUGCUGGUAUGUAUACCAUUAUUAAAAAUGGUAAGUAG